GCAGCGCCCGCCGCUAUCUAAGUUGGGGAACCGCCGUUCUCUGUCCUUUUUCUCCUUACGAGUCCUGAGACGGGUAGGGAUCCAAAAACAUCUUCCCGUGGAACGGCACUUUUUUACAAUCCGACAAAAAUGAUCAUCUACAAGGAUAUCAUCACCGGAGAUGAGCUAUUCACCGAGGUCUACAAAAUCACGGAGGUCUGCGACGGUAUGCUGUACGAGGUACAGGGAAAGCUCACUUCCAGAUCGGAGGACGUCGACGGUGCGUUAAUCGGUGCCAACGCCUCUGCAGAGGGCGGGGAUGAGGGCAGUGAAGCGUCCACGGUCAGUGGAGUCGACAUUGUGCUCAACAGCAAACUGCAGGAGACCUCGGCCUACAACAAGAAGGCUUACCAGAGCUACAUCAAGGGCUAUAUGAAGGCGGUCAAGGCCAAGCUGGAGGAGCAGGGUUCUAAGAGGGUACAGGCCUUCAUGGCAGGUGCCCCAGCAGCUGUUAAGAUGAUCCUGGGGAACCUCGAUAAAUACCAGGUGAGAGAAUCCACCCCCCCCCCCUUUUCAGUGUCCAUAUAUAUAGUGCACUAUAUGGGUGGGAGGGGGCAUUUGGGAUGAACCCAACGGCCGGUG